AAUUUCAAACAAUCUAAUAGUAGUAAUUUAACGGCACAAGAUUUAUGGUAUGUGCUCAGGUGAGACCCACAAUAAUUUAAUUUCUAUGAUGAUGGAUAUUAAGAUUUAACCCAAGUUAAACGUGGUUAUGAAUUCAUUUGUCAACUCAUUGUCUAAAUCUAUAAAUGAAGGCACAUUUAUGUGAUUAUGGGAGGGAGGUGUGUAUGAGACAAGAAAAAAAAAAAAAAAAACAGAAAAAGAAAAAAAGAAUGGGGAGUGACGUGAGCUCUAAGAUACUUAUCUUUGGUGGGACUGGCUACAUUGGUAGCUACAUGGUGAAGGCAAGCAUCUACAAUGGCUAUCCAACUUAUGUCUAUUCUAGGCCUGACUGCCCCAAGACCGACUUGCUUCAAGAGUUCCAGUCCAUGGGCGUUACACUAAUCAAAGGAGGUUUGGAUGAGCAUGAGAAGCUUGUAUCGGUGCUUCGACAAGUAGAUGUGGUGAUCUCUGCACUUGCAAUUCCUCAGGUUCAUGACCAGCUUAAAAUCAUUGAGGCAAUUAAGGUUGCUGGUAAUAUAAAGAGGUUCUUUCCGUCGGAUUUUGGAUGUGAAGAGGACAGGGUGAUUGCUCUGCCACCAUUCCAAGACGUGCUUGAUACAAAGAAGAAGAUCCGAAGGGCCAUUGAAGCAGCUCAGAUCCCUUACACCUUUGUGUCUGCGAACUGCUUUGGUGCAUACUUUGUUAAUUAUUUGCUCCAUCCACAUGACCCACAAAGGGAUGAUAUCACUGUCUAUGGCACUGGUGAAGCCAAGGCUGUGCUUAAUUCUGAAGAAGAUAUUGCUACAUACACAAUCAAGGUAGCAACUGACCAAAGAACAUGCAACCGUCUUGUCAUAUAUCGUCCAUCACCAAACAUUGUAUCGCAGCUCGAGUUGAUCUCUCUCUGGGAGAAGAAAACUGGUCGGACGUUUAACAGAGUUCAUGUCUCGGAGGAAGAAAUUGUGAAGCUUUCAGAGACUUUACCUCAUCCAGAAAACAUACCAGUGGCUCUCCUUCACAGCUUAUUUGUAAAGGGUGUUCUAAUGAAUUAUGAACUAGCAGAGGAUGACUUAGAGGCUUCAAGGCUCUACCCGGAUAUGAAAUACACUACAAUUGAACAGCUCCUUGAUAUUUUUCUCCAUAACCCCCCAAAGCCUGCUUCUGCAACAUUUGAAUGAGCUUCCAAAUCUCUUGUUUGCUAAUCAAGUGGCAUUUUAAACCAUGAUCUACUUUGUAGUACUCAUAAUAAUAUUUGGUUGUGAUGUAAUAAUAAAACCAGGGCAACUAAGUUCAAUAAUGACCAGUUGAA